GCAACGUUCUCUCGCAGUUUUGUGUUGGGCGCUUUGAGUCAUUCACAGUUUCAGAACAAACCAGAAGAAAUGUGAGAAUAUCGUGUUUAAAUCUGACGUGUGAUCCAGUGACCGAUGUGUGUAACGUUAAAUGAAAAUGUUGUCUAUCAUCUGAUAAUAUAACUGCUCAGUGACGCCACAACAAACGAAACUAAUCUCAAAACAAAUAUGAGUUUUAAUAUUGUGGUAGAAAACCAAAGUUACAAACAGUCCAGUUUGUGUGUAGAUUCAGCCGCUGUCAUGUAUAAUCACAAUAGAAUAAUGUGUGUGUGUGUUUGUGUUGAGAUGUUGAGGAUGACGUCACAGAUGUGCUGUAAAUCAGUGGGAACUGAUCUGUCCAUGCUGGAUAUUGAUGAUUUCAUCACAGAAAUCUGUCAGCUGAAGAAAGAGGUGGCGUUACUGGAGGAAAAGCUGAGGACAAGAGGAGAUGAACUCAACACUGAGAUUGUGGUAAAGGUCGAGUCAAACCCCACAGACGCUCAGGACACUGUGUGUGACAGUAAUCACACCUUGAAUCAGGAUGAAUCUACUGAUCAAACCUCCACAGAGUCUCUGGAUUCUGUCUGUAACGCUGGAGAACAGCAGAUCCUGAACACCAGACCACUCAACAUGUGUUCUGUCACACUGAUGGAGAUCAAAACAGAACCCACGGUAAAGGAAGAACAAACUGAUGAAGAUGAGAAUCAUCAUGAUGAUGAUGAUUUUAUUACUUCAGAUGAGAGCGGUGAUUCAUGUUGUGAUGGAGAAACGGCCUCUACAUCAAAACAACCAGAACAGAAACUCUUCACCUGCACCAGAUGUGACAUCAGCUUUCCUACCUUACAAGAGAAGAAACUUCAUUCACAAGAGCACAGAAACCAGAAACACUUUCACUGUCAGCAGUGUGGGAGGAGUUUUCUCUGCUCUUCUAAGCUAAAGGUUCACAUGAUGACACACACUGGAGAAAAACCUUUCCACUGCAGUGAAUAUUUCAGCACCAAAGGAAAUCUUAUUGGUCAUCAGAGAACUCACACUUGGGAAAAACCGCACGCGUGUCCUCACUGUGAUGAGAGAUUCAGUCAAAAGGCCUAUCUGAAGACACAUGUGUAUCUACACACCAAUGAGAGACCGUAUCAGUGCAGUGAAUGUGGAAAAGGCUUCAGGGAUUCAGUUUGUCUAAAAAGACACCAAAAAAUACACUCUGAGAAACUCUAUCAGUGUUCACACUGUGAUAAACGUUUCCAUUAUUCAUCUCAUUUGAUAACUCAUGAGAGAAUUCACACUGGAGAGAGACCUUACCUCUGCUCUCACUGUGGAAAGAGCUUUUAUGAUCCUUGUCAUUUCAAAGCUCAUCAGAGAACUCACACUGGAGAGAAACCUUACCACUGCUCUCAAUGUGGAAAGAGCUUUACUCGGUCAGGUUCUUUAAAAGAUCAUCAGAGAAUUCACACUGGAGAGAAACCUCAUCACUGCAGUGUUUGUGGGAAGAGAUUCAGUCGACGUCAGCAUUUAGUGUCACACCAGAGAACUCACACAGGAGAAAGACCUUACAAAUGUUCUCAGUGUGACAAGACGUUUGCUCAAAGAGUUGUCCUGAAAAACCAUCAGAAAGUUCAUAUUUAAGACAAACCUCUGCUCGAUCUGUGGCGAGAGAUUCGCUUAUUUAAGAAGUUUUCAGACUCAUACUGAAGAACAAAGUGCACUGGAUUGGUUUUACAAUCCCUACAAGACUCGGUCUCGUCUAGAAAUCUUGAAAUGUAAAAUGAGUUUAUAUCUUAAAUACAGAAUCGUAUCACAGAAUACAAAAAGCAUCAUCUCAGUGUGUGCAUGAUUCUACUAAUAGUCUACAUGAUUAAAGGUGAAUUGUUUGACAUUGUUUGGUAAAGGCUGUUACAACGCUGUCAAAAUGUUGUGCUUACUCUCCAAGGAACCUCCUCGUGGCCUGUUUGGCUAUUUUUCUUGUAUUCUGUUUGUACUUUAGAGGUGUUCAGCUUGCUCAUUAUAAAUCAUAUUGGAAUAUUUUUAUAUUCAUGAACCAGUCAUAAAAACAUAAAAAAGUGUGACGUUUGUUAAACAACACCUGUGAAUCUAGUGUCCGGUGUCAUUUAACAUGUGCUUUCUUCUCCGCUCUGCAAUAAGAAACGUGCAUUUGCUAGAUUUAAAAAAGUAUUUUACCUCUUUGAUUCACGAUAGUUUUGCAAAUUUCUUUUUUAUCUCUUUAUUCAGUAACUUACAGAUGUGAGAAAUAUAUAUCCCUGAUAGCACAAAUACAUCUGGCUUACGUCUAUUUGACGUCUGCAAUGCAUAAUUUGCUCAUCUGCAAUACGUCUCUGAGACAUCUGUACAUCUGCUAAAGAUCUGGAAAACAUCUGCUGUGUAAAAACAUCUUAACAUCUUAGAAAGAGCAGUUUUACAUCCAUUCUAAACCAUAAACAUUUUACAGACAUCUACUAGAGGUCUAUAUGACAUCUGACAGCAGACGUCUCAGAGACGUAUUGCAGAUGAGCAAACAUUGUCUUGCAUGUGUGAAUGCAGACGUCAAAUAGACGUAAGCCAGAUGUACUGUAUGUGUGCUAUCAGUGUAAUGAUUUCCGAAAGGUUUGACACAUGUAAUAGAUCCUGCCCUGAUAGCACACAUAUAUCUGGGAGACGUCUACACAUCCUGAGAAACACAGAGCUUCCCCCAAUACAAUGAACUCCCCACAGGGUUUGCAUCUCAGUCUCAGACAGCCCAUCUGUGGCCUGAUCAGAUCCUGGACAGAGUCUUUUAAUGUAAAAUUGUUGUUGUGUGGAGGAAGGGUAUUUUGGUCUGGGUAUUUAAGGGAAGCUGGCAAAAA